AUUCAUCGCGUUUUUUAAAUAUCCGUAAAUCAUUUUUAAAUAUCCAUAAAUCAGCGACCCCUAUUGUUGGUAUGUUGAUUUGAAUAUUAAUUUGCUAAAAGAAAUGUUGAUACCGUGUCCCUUUUUAUAAUAAUGAGUAAGUAAUGGUAAACACAUAACUAAUAUACAUUUAUUGGUGAUUGACUGAUUAUUGGAUCAUGUUUAAAAUGUAUGUCCCUGGUAUAAUACAUCAGUCUGUGUCACCCGAGCGGUCAUUUUCAGAGUCCAUUCACUAAGAUUUAAUGGUUUUAAAGGCUCAAACUGAUAUUGUUGGAUUCCAUUUUCUUGUCGGCAAUAUACGCAAAAGUCAUCAACCUCAAAACUUAGGUCCAGAUCGUAUCUAGAUAUGUCUGUGUUUCUACUGUUCACAUUGUCGUAUAUACUGCUUGCGACUAUUACAGUUAUACUCCGAUAAACCUGUGACGUCAUAGACUGAAGCAGUCGACCGACAAGAAUCGCGUACUUCGAUGUGCGAUAUCUCGGCACUAGGUCAACCGAUUUUGACGCGGUUUGCGACAUUCUUCUUUGGUGGUUACAUAGAAUAACAUAUUUGAAUAUCGUUUUCCGUUCCGGUUUCACUUUUGAUCAGAUAACUAUUACGGCCCCGCAAGACUAUCUUUUAAGAAUACGGAUUUCAAACAUAUAUAGCAUCUUAUUAUACCUACAACAUAAGCCUACAUGAUUGCAAUAUACAGAUAGCUGCAAAGCAGUGGUGCAAACAAAUUGACAUCAACACGUUUCUUCGAAAUAAGUGAUUGUGUCUGUUAUGUAUUUAAAUAAUGUUUUUAAAACACACACAAAGUAAAUCAAUUAUUAGAUACCCUCAAAAUUUAAAAGUCAGUGUGGAAAAUAUAACUUGAGUUAUUUUACAUAUUAGGUUUGAGUGAUGUUGACGAAGAUGGUGGAUCAAGUUCUACAAGCAGAAGUCUCUGGAAGUCCAGCCUUCUUUGGUCAGUCACUCAAGGAUCCAAAGAAAUCGGCAGAACUUCUUAGGAUUCUAAACAAAAUUAGAGAAUUACAAAACUGUCCAGUGGAUAUUCCACCAGGGUAUGCGCAAAGGGCAACUGCUGCAGAAGUAGUGAACGAUGACGAUCUGGAGACGGAUGUGGUUCUCGGUAGUAGCAGGGAGCCAGAGCCUGCUCUCUUUGGAGAAGAGCUUUUCAAAAGCAAAUCAAGCAAACAAUUGACUCUACCAGGAUCACAAGGAAAAAACAAUACAAACAUUGGAAAUGUGAGGUAUCUGCUUGCAACUCCAGCUGCGAGUUCCGUUUUAGAGAUGGAUUAUGGUUACGAUGCUGUUGUACAAGCUAUAUCAACUUACAUGAAACACAAAGGAAAUGUAGAAUUCGACGUGAACGACCUAAUAACUAUCUUAGAGGAUGAAGAACCUAAAAUCCAGAAGAUAGAAGCUACAAAUACGUAGACGAAGGCUGUUCAAGAAAAAUAAUCAUUAUAACUUUUGAUUGAUAUGUCUUUCUUAUUAUAUAUUAUAUGUAAUAAAUCUAUUUUCGUGAA